AUGAAGGGCUUCGCUCUUCUCUCGGCCCUGGCCGCCGCCGGUCUCGUCUCCGGCAAUCCGACCAAGCGUGCCGACCCCACCCCCAUCACCAUCAAGGGCAAUGCCUUCUACAAGGGUAACGACCGCUUCUACAUCCGCGGUAUAGACUACCAGCCUGGUGGUGACUCUGCCCGUGUCGAUCCCCUCGCCGACGAGGCGAUUUGCACCCGUGAUAUCGCGUGGUUCAAGGAUCUCGGUGUCAACACCAUCCGUGUCUACACCGUCGACAACUCUGCCGACCACACCAAGUGCAUGGGUCUUCUCGCUGAUGCCGGCAUCUACCUGGUCCUCGAUGUCAACAACGGCCUUUACUCCCUCAACCGUGCCGCCCCGGCCCUGUCCUACAACGCCGCGUACCUGCAGAGCAUCUUUGCCACCGUUGCCGAGUUCGCCAAGUACAAGAACACUCUCGCUUUCUUCUCCGGCAACGAAGUCAUCAACGAGAAGGGCAACGAGUUCAACGCCCCCUACAUCAAGGCCGUCACCCGUGAUUUGCGCGCCUUCAUCAAGGCCCAGAACCUUCGCGCCAUCCCCGUCGGUUACUCUGCUGCUGAUGUUACCGAGAGCCGCUCUCAGACUGCCCUGUACAUGAACUGCGGCCCUGAUGAGGUCCGUUCCGACUUCUUCGCUUUCAACGACUACUCGUGGUGCAACAGCGACUUUAAGACGUCCGGCUGGGACGCGAAGGUCAAGAACUUCACGGACUACGGCCUUCCCCUCUUCCUCUCCGAGUACGGCUGCAACGUGAACUCCCCCCGCAAGUUCGAUGAGGUUAAGGCUUUGAUGAGCAAGGACAUGACUGGUGUCUACUCUGGCGGUAUAAUGUACGAAUACUCGUGGGAGGAGUCCAAGUAUGGCAUUGUUCAGUUCGAUGGCACUAAGGGCCAGGGCAAGGUCUCCAAGAAGGGCGAUGGCAAGGAGUAUGACAACUUCAAGCAGUCGCUCAAGGACAACCCUGCUCCUAGCGGUGAUGGCGGCGCUAACGCCACCUCUCACUCCAAGGACUGCCCCGUCAAGAGCUCCGACUGGAACGUCGACCCCAAGCUCCUCCCUGAGAUGCCCAAGGAGGCUCAGAAGUACAUGAAGGAUGGUGCUGGCAAGGGUCCUGGUCUGACUGGCACUGGCUCUCAGACUGCCGGUGACUCUGGUCUUUCGGUCAAGAACGUAACCGUUGACGGGACUGGCUCUAGCACCACCAGCAGCAAAGACAACGCCGGUGCCAUUUCUGGCUCGUCGAUGGUUGCUACUCUGGCCUCUGUCGCCGUCGCUGUGGUCGGCAGCCUGCUUCUGUAA